AUGUCUGACCAGGAGCCUAAGCCUUCAAGUGGGGGAUUACAGGAUGAGAAGAAAGAUGUUAUUAAAAUCAAAGUUAUCGGAGAAGAUAGAAGUGAGAUACACUUCAGACUGAAAAUGACAACAAAGCUCAAGAAACUCAAGGACUCAUACAGUCGAAGACAGGGUCUGUCAGUGAAUUCACUGAAGUUUCUCUUUGAAGGCCAGAAGAUUGCUGAUAACCAUACUGCAGAAGAGCUGGGCAUGGAGGAGGAAGAUGUGAUUGAAGUUUAUCAGGAACAGACGGGAGGUGGUCUGUCAUUCAACAAUUUAGGAAGAUCUGAUUGA